AUGGCAAUACUGUCGAUUGAUUUUGAUAACUUGAAGAAAUCCAUUGCGUAUACAUUGACCAGUAAUAUUCCGGAGAUCUCGCCUUUCUUGUUCUAUAUACUAUUCAAUGUUCCAUUACCUCUUGGUGUUGUUACUAUUCUUUGUAUCGAUCUGGGAACUGACAUGGUUCCAGCCAUCUCUCUUGCUUAUGAAAAAGCGGAAAAUGACAUUAUGAAACGAUUGCCUCGUAAUCCACAAUAUGACAGACUUGUGAACCAACGUUUAAUUGCCAUGGCUUAUGGUCAAAUUGGAAUGAUCCAGGCUUGUGCUGGUUUCUUUUCAUAUUUCGUUAUCAUGGCAGAAAAUGGCUUUUUACCUCUUCGUUUAUUUGGUUUACGAAGUGAUUGGGAUGAUAAAGAUAAUGUGUUUGUCACAGAUAGUUACGGUCAACAAUGGGGUUAUAGGCAACGCAAAGAACUGGAAUUCACUUGCCACACUGCAUUUUUUGUCAGUAUUGUUGUUGUGCAGUGGGCAGAUUUGAUCAUCUGUAAAACGAGACGUUUAUCCUUGUUCCAACAAGGCAUGAAGAACCACAUGCUGACAUUUGGCCUCUUUUUUGAGACUGCUCUUGCAGCUCUUCUAUCAUAUACCCCUGGUAUGGAGAAUGGCCUUCGCAUGUAUCCUUUACGGUUUACAUGGUGGCUUCUUGCUAUUCCAUUUAGUAUUCUUAUUUUCGUCUACGACGAAUGUAGGAAGACCAUUCUCCGUAGAUAUAAAGGCUGUUGGCUAGACCAAGAGACCUAUUACUAAAACUUCUCUCUCUCUUUUUUUUUUAAUAUAUCUUUAUUGCUUUAAGAACCAUUAUGAUUGUGUUCUAUUUUCCACACUGAUAUUUUGGCAGUGUUUAAUAAUUUGCACUUCCUGAAUGAUUAUUUAACGAUUUCUUUUAUCCGAGUCUACAGUGAUAUGAAAACUGAUUGGUGGAAUGUAUUGGUGAUGACAGCAAUCAUAUACAGUGGUCUUUUGAGGAUAUUGUAUUGUUUGUAAACAAUAAUAACCUUUAGUUAGAGCGCACAUUAUGGGCAAUAAGACCAUUCCCAAUGUUUCGAAUGUUGUUUUACUUGAUUCUUUGAGAGAGGAAACUUUGGUCCGUCGAAUGAAAAAGAAUGAAAUAUGUUGCAAUAAGUUGUCUUCAAAAGAAAACUGUGUUAUGCAUUCGCUUUGUGUCAAUACCAGUCAAACAGUUAGACGUUAUUUAUUUAUACCCGAUCUGAUAUUGGUUAGAAACUUUAAAUCAAUCUCUUAUACUAUAUGUAUCACUCCAGCCUUCAGUUUGCAGUUUCUUUGGUUUCAUAAUUGUUAAAUAAUUAUUUUCUUGUUGCCAAUAAAAAACAAUGUGUGUAUUUCA